GGAGCAGGCGGAUCUUGAGUCGGAAUGGCGCUUUCGGUCUGUCGAAGAGCUCCCGGCCAUAUCGCCUGAGGCAUGCCCACGCUCCUCUGCUCCUGUAGAUCAUCUCCCGGGUGAGGUCGCCAUGUUCGUUGACGAGGCCACCGAGGUACCGGAACUCGGUCGUCUGGGCGUAUUUCUGUCCCGCGGCUUCGAUGGUCAGCGGUGGAGGCGGGGGGGGCUGUGAUGUUGUAGUCGGCUUGUCCUUCGCGCGCAUCAGGAGCGUCUCCCUCUUCUUCUCCGACACCGUUAGCCCGAACUCCCCGAACACCCCAACGAUGAUGGUCAUUAUUCUCGUCAGCCCUUCUGCAGACCUCGAUACGAGGCCGGCAUCAUCGGCAUGCAGAAUCACCCAUACUGCCCUCCGAACUCGCUCAAGGGGUGUUUCCUUCCCCCCCCCGCUUCCGUCUUCCCCUCCUCCAAGCACACC